AUGGCAUCUGGCACGUCGACAACGGCAGGUCUCUGCGGCAUGGAGCAGCAGGGUCUCGCCAGUGGGCGUGUGAUAAUGGGCGAGCACAGGAUGGUGGCGUUGUCUGGCGUCGUGGUGGCAUCGACGGCAGCUGGACUGGGCAAGGAGUUGCCCAAGUUCCAGGCGGGAGGGCACACCUGGCGCAUCCGCUGCUACCCCAACGGAUCGGCGCAAAAGUACGACGGCUACAUCUCCCUCGUCCUGGAGCUCGCCAGCCACGUCGUCAAGGACGUCCGCGCUGAGUUCCGGUUCACCCUGGUCCCGCUCCGGCGACAGGGCUGGCCGGCGCCGGCGACGUACGAGCACGCCGACGUGGUCACGUUCGAGGAGAAGGGCGGGCAGUUCGGCUUUAUGGACUUCGUCAGCAGGGGUUGGCUGGAGAAGUCGGAGAAGCUACUCGACGGCGCCCUCGCCGUGAGGUGCGACGUGACCGUCCUGACCCAGCAGCCGGCGCCGGUGCCUGUCAUCGAGGAGCAAGAGCUGGAGCGGCUGGGGCUGGUGUGCGCCUGCAAGGACGACGCGUGCAAGCGCAUCCACGCGGGUACCGUGGAGGCCGCCAUGGCCUUAGGGACGAUGCCCCGUCGACGCCGCCGGGUGAAGGAGGCGUGUCUAAGGCUCCUCGGGCGUCUUCGUGUGGAAUAAGUUGCCACCUUUCUUUUGUGUGAUCAUCAUCUAUCAAUCUGGUUCGGAUCGUCAGAUAAAAUUUGCUGCAACUUCUUUAGAGAAACAGAUGUUCUGAACAUUAUUGCUUGUCUGCCCUUCUACAAUUAUGUUU